UUGUCAAGUCUGGUUUUGAUUAUUUACAACUUUUUCCAAGCUCGGAAAAAUAGAAAAACCUUCUUCUUUGCUUUCUUCUUUAUCUAUUUAAUAUUUCUGGGUUAUUUACCUGGGAAAUUUCCUUUAAGGAUCAUAGUUCCUUUCUUGGUCUUUUGGUCGUCAACUAGGUUAUCUUGCAUAUUUGCAGUAAUGGAAAAAAUUCCCUCUGGCGCUUGUAAAACUCUUCAUCUGGUAAGGCAUGCACAAGGAAUGCACAAUCUAGAAUCAGAGAAAAGUCGAGAUCCAUUAACAUCCUUUGAGUUUUUUGAUGCUCAACUCUCCUCUCAGGGCUGGCAGCAGGUUCGGCAGAAGCGGAAAGAUGUGUGUGCCAAUGGACUGCUUAAAAGGAUUGAGUUAGUCAUCACUUCCCCUAUGUCAAGGACAUUGCAAACGGCGGUCGGAAUAUUUCAUGGUGAAGACCAACCAGAACUGUCAGAUGUCACUUCAUAUGAGGAAGGAAAUGGGAGGAUUAGUGAUAAUGAUCAGCAACCAACUUUCAAUCGCCCACCAAUUAUAGCACUUGAAGUUUGUCGUGAACGAUUGGGAAAAUACGAAUGCGACAAGAGAGGAACUAUCAGCCAUUAUCGGUCUCAUUUCCCCGCGGUUGAUUUUUCAUUGAUCGAAAAUGAAGACGACAUUUUAUGGGAAGCAAAUAAAAGAGAGCCCUUCGGAGAUGUACUAGCUAGGGGAAUGAAGUUUAUCAAUUGGUUGUGGACAAGGAAAGAGACAGAGAUAGCAGUGGUGAGCCAUGGUGUGUUUUUGCAGGAAGCUUUUGAACUUAUUAAUACUAAUAAGUAUCGGGCCUUAAAGGUUCGAGCCCCCCGCUUUGAAAACUGUGAAAUACGUUCAGUCCGCAUUUCUUAUGAAAGUGUAAUGGGAUUGGGAUCAGAUUUGGUGCAAAUUGGUUAUUAUGAAAUGAGUAUCCCACAUGGAAAUGAAGUCCAAAGAGAUUCCAAGAAGAAAAAUGUUUCAGUGGAGGAAUUGGAAGUCAUCAAUUGAUAAUAUUCAUUUUACGUUCAAGGUGUUAAGAUAUUAAAUGCUAACUAUUUUAAUUGUGUUCUUAGAAUUUUUGUCUUUAAUUUGAUAGCAUAAUAACAAAACACAUUGUGAGAAUAUUAUUAAGAUAAACGUUGUUUAUAGAGCGGCAGGUCGGCUUAGUACUUUAUAUUUGGACGGCCACCGGUCGUUUAUUGUGAAUUGAUAAUUGCCGACAAAUAGCCGUCGUCCGUCCCUGUUGCUAUCCUAUGCCGCCAAAGGCUCGCUUUUGUAAUUUAUGUUUAUUUAAACAGUCAAAGGUUUCCUCCUUGAAAUAAAAAAGAAGAGUGGGAACAAUGUGUGUUAUGCCGUUUGAAAA